AUGUCAUUCAAAGGGACGAUUAGUCAGGCGGAAAGUCAAGGUCAGUCAAGAGAAAAGUCAGUUACGAAGAUCAGUCAAGAGUCAGUCAGCACCGAUCAGUCAAGAAGAUUAGGUAAUCACAAAGUGUCAAAAGGAAAACCUGUCAAAAUCAGUCAAGACCAGUCAGUCUCAAUUAGUCAAGCCCCGUCAGUCAAGAGGAAGACCAGUCAAGUCAAGAAUCCGUCGUCAGCCAGCCAGCCCCGUCAGUCAAGCCCCAGACCAUCCAAGCCCCGUCAGUCAAGCCCCAGACCAGCCAAGCCCCGUCAGUCAAGAAUCAGUCAUUCAAUCAAACGCAAGACCAGACAAGCCCCGUCAGUCAAGCCCCAGUCAGUCAAGCCCCAGACCAGCCAAGCCCCCGUCAGUCAAGAGGCAGACCAGCCGCCGAUGACCAAGUCCCGGAUGCGUCUCGGGUCCUAUUGA